CUAGAAGUCAGAAGACCUGGGUCCGAGUUAAUGUACAGCUGCUGCUGCUGCUGCUGCUACUUGUCUCUGUGGCUUUGGACACAUGACUUCCCCUGCUGGAUCUCAAUUUUCUCAUCUGUUCAAUUCUGGGAUCUUGAAAGUCUCUUCUCAACGAUGGCAUUUUAUGACCACUUGAGUCUGUUUGGCAUUAUUUGCGGCUUUUUUCCAGGCCGAAAUCACUGGGCUUGAGGCUUUCUUGCUAAAGACGAUUAUCAAUUCAAUUCAUAUUUGUUGGGUGCUUAUUAUAUGCCUAACACUAUGCUAGGUGCUAAGGAUACAGUGGUGAAAAAGACACAUUUCUUACUUGGAUAUGUAGGCCCAGACAAAGAUAAGUUAGCAGAAAAUUACAAUGCAUCAUAUUUGUCAUGACAGUAAAACAAGGUAAUAUAAAAGACACAAGACGGCACUUAAGCCAGACUCAAUUUGUCAGAGAAGGCUUUCUGGAGUUCCCCCUUGAAAGCCAAGAGCUAGCCAUUUGAAGAAAUAAGAAGGGGAAGAGUACUCUAGGCAGAAAGGAUCCUGUAUCGAAAACCAAUCAAAAGUCUGGUUCCUUUGAGGAAGUGAAAGAAUUCUUCUUAGAGCAAGUGAGGGUAGUACUAAGAAAUGAGAUUACAGAAGUUGAGACCAUAUCAUGAAGGGGUCUGUAAGCUGUGUUAAGGAGAUAGUUAGCAUGAUGGUUAAGAAUUUAGGACUCCAUGAGUUCCACUUUCAACUCUACUCUUCCUAGCUGGCUGAUCUUGAGCUAGUCACUUAACCUCGAUAAUUUAUAGGUUCCUCCUCUGAAAAUGAGAAUAAUAAGAGUUUGGUCUUUAUCUUAAGAGCCUCGAGGAAUCAUUGAAGGGUUUUAAGUAGACACAUGAUAUAAUUUCUAUUAUAAGGAGAACUCUGGUUGCAGGGUGGCAAAUAUAUUGUGGUGGGGCAAAUGUGGAAGCUGGUAGCCUAAUUAGGAAGCUAUUGCAUCAUUGAGGCUAGAGAUUGUGUUAGGUCCACAUUUAGGUAUGUAACAGUAGAGAAGGAUAAGAUAGUAGAGAUACAUAGGAUGAAGAAUAGGCAGGACAUGGUUGUUGAGGGUAGGAAAUGAGAGAGAAGAAAGUAUCAAAGAUGAUACCCAGAUUCGUGACUUGGGCAGCUAGGAGGUUGAUGGCGCCAUUCAUGGAACUCAGGAAGGGGAACGAAUUUGGAGUAGGAGAUUAUGAGUUCAAUUACAGACAUGUUGAGUGUGAGGUGCCUGGGUUUACCCAGAGGAUGUCUGGUAGGCAGUUAGGUAAGGGGUUGUGAUAGAAGUCCUAAAAAUGAGCUGGAACUCUGUAUUUGGAUGGGCUGGCAGUGUGGGGGGCAGACAAGUUCUGGACUUGGAAGUAACCACACCAUCUUGUCUUUUUCCAGAUACAGAGAUUGACUGGAAGGCCUACAUGGCUGAGGUGGAGGGUGUCAUCAAUGGCACCUAUGACUAUACCCAACUGCAGGGUGACACUGGACCUCUUGUGUACCCAGCUGGCUUUGUGUACAUCUUUAUGGGGCUAUACUAUGCCACUGCCCAGGGCACUGACAUCCGCAUGGCCCAGCACAUCUUUGCUGGGCUCUACCUGGCCACCUUGCUGCUUGUCUUUUUGAUCUACCACCAGACCUGCAAGGUACCUCCCUUCGUCUUUUUCUUCAUGUGCUGCGCCUCUUACCGUGUCCACUCCAUCUUCGUGUUGCGGCUCUUCAAUGACCCAGUGGCCAUGGCGCUGCUGUUCCUCAGUAUCAAUCUUCUGCUGGCCCAGCGCUGGGGCUGGGGCUGCUGCUGUUUCAGCCUGGCAGUCUCUGUGAAGAUGAACGUGCUCCUUUUUGCGCCUGGGUUACUAUUUCUUCUCCUCACACAAUUUGGCCUCCGUGGGGCCCUCCCCAAGCUGGGCAUCUGUGCUGUCCUACAGGUGGUGCUGGGGCUGCCCUUCCUGCUGGAGAACCCUGUCGGUUACCUUUCCCGCUCCUUUGACCUUGGCCGCCAGUUUCUCUUCCGCUGGACAGUGAACUGGCGCUUCCUCCCCGAGGCCCUCUUCCUGCAUCGUGCCUUCCACCUGGCACUAUUGGCCACCCACCUCAUCAUGCUCUUGCUCUUUGUUCUCUGCAAGUGGCACAGGACUGGGGAAAGUAUCCUGUCACUGCUGAAGGAUCCCUCCAAAAGGAAGGUUCCACCCCAGCCCCUCACACCCAAUCAGAUAGUUUCUACCCUCUUCACCUCCAACUUCAUUGGCAUCUGCUUUAGCCGUUCUCUCCACUACCAGUUCUACGUCUGGUAUUUCCACACACUGCCCUACCUCCUGUGGGCUACGCCUGCACGCCGGCUCACACACCUGCUCAGGUUGCUGGUGCUGGGGCUCAUUGAGCUCUCCUGGAACACAUAUCCAUCCACAUCCUGCAGCUCUGCUGCACUGCAUGUAUGCCAUGCUGUCAUCUUGCUGCAGCUCUGGCUGGGCCCCCAGCCUUUCCCCAAGAGUAUCCAGCACAGCAAGAAAGCCCACUGAGAUUCACCUCUACUCCAUUCUCAGGACCCUGGAUGCAGAUGGACUCUGUGAGACUUUCCCAAUAAACCUUACCAAGUCCA